CAUUAAGGAUAAAGUGAUGAACUGUCUACUAGCCACUCAUUUUUACUUGUUGAAAUUUCGAAGCUCAAACAUUAAGCUUGCUAAUUAAACACCAAAAGAGAUGGCAAAUAUUCGAUUAAUCUCCACGAGCAUAGUUCAAGCUGCAAGUAACCCAGAAUCAUCAAUACACAAGAUUGAGUUAACUUCAAGUGAUCUCAAGUUCAUUUUGGUUCAAUACAUCCAAAAGGGACUCCUUUUCACCAAAUCCAAACCAGAACGGUGGUCGGAAGUGAGACGAUCGGAUGAAAGCUUGGUCCAUCACUUGAAGAACUCACUUUCUCGCACACUAGCUUUCUUCAGCCCUCUUGCAGGCCGCCUUGCAACGGUGGAACAUGAUGACAAAACCGUUUCUUUCUUCAUCGACUGCAAUAAUGCCGGAAUCCAAUUUGUUCAUGCUGUUGCUGAUGAUAUUACCAUUUCCAACAUCCUUGAACCCAUCUAUGUUCCUUCCUUUGUUCACUCGUUCUUUCCUCUAAAUGGAACAAGUAACUACGAGGGUGUUUCCAAACCUUUGCUUGGUGUUCAAAUUACAGAGCUUGUCGAUGGUAUCUUUAUAGCUUGCACUAUGAACCAUGCAGUUGCCGAUGGCACAACAUUUUGGAAUUUCUUCAACUCCUGGUCUGAAAUUUCACGCAGUAAUUCAGAUCAGAUUUCUAAACCUCCUGUCUCUGAACACUGGUUUCGUACCUACUGCUCUCUCCGGUUGCCUGUUUCAAUAUUCACUAGUGAUAAUGAAAUCAUCCCACCACCGCCUUCUUACCGGGAAAGAGUUUUCCAUUUCACGAAAGAAAAAAUUGCAGGGCUCAAAGCAAAAGCCAAUGCUGAAGCUGGCAGUGAGAAGAUCUCCUCUUUACAAUCACUCUUAUCUCAUCUUUGGGGAUCUGUAGUUCGUAAUCGUCAACUCGUCGAUCCCAAUGAAGACACCAACUUCCACUUGUUAGUUGGUAUUAGAUCAAGGUUGCAGCCACAGUUACCAGGAGAGUAUUUUGGAAACGCGGUUCAGAUAGGAACAGUGAAGUUGAAAGCAAGAGAAAUAAUAAAACAAGGACUUGGCUACACAGCUUUAGAGAUGAACAAGCUGGUUAACUCUUACACAGAAGACAAGGUCAGAAACAAUUUAGAAUCUUCGAUGGUGUUUAAAAGGGGUGGCUGUGCACAUGGUGAUUUGGCUGCAAGCAGUUCACCGAGGUUCAAUGUUUAUGGAAAUGACUUCGGGUGGGGAAGGCCAAUUGCUGUAGGAAGUGGACCUGGAAACAAGCGUUGUGUGAAGAUUACUGUCUUUCCAGGAGUUGAGGAAGGGAGUAUAGACAUUGAAGUUAGCACUUCUCCUGAGAUUUUGGAGGCUAUGGGGCAUGACUCCGAGUUCAUGUCUGCUGUCAAUUGAAUUCUUAUCUUCUUCAGAACAGAUUUUUCAACUUGUUCAACAAGUGAAAAUACACAUGAAAAAGAAGUUGAUGAGAUGCAAUUAUAUCAUAGUGUGUUCCGUAUGGCUUAAGGCGACAGAUGUGUCUUUUCCUUAUUCUGGGCUGAAUCUGCUUUUAUAUCUCGUUGGAGGCCAUUAAAUCCUGGUCAGCUCUCUUUCCCUCUCCUUGGCCAUUGAGAAAAACUAACAUAAGAUUGGUUUAAAUGGAAUUUGGAUGGAUCUGUUAUAGGAAAACCUGGCCCAACUGCUAUUGGUGGAGUUCUUCGUGACUGUAAUGAUAAAUUCUUAUAUAUCUUUUUUGGUUCGGUAGGUGUUUUUGACUCAAAUGAAGCUGAAUUUUUAGCCAUUAAAAAGGUUUUGUCUAUUCUCUCAAAAAAGCCUAGUGUUUGAAGAGAUUGUGUGGAGAUUAUUUUAGGAUCUGAUUCUAGAAAUGUUGUUUCUUGGACUUCUUUUUUUGAAAACCAUCCAUGGAAGCUUGAGAAUAUGCAUAGAUUUGUUGUUAAUCUUGCUAA